GAGGGCGUGUGUAAUGUCUACUGUGUCACAUGACUAGAAGGAGCUCCUGGUCCUGGAAGCUGUGUGAUCAUGCCGACGACACAACCGUCCCCUCAAGAUGAGCAGGAGAAGCUCCUCGAUGAAGUUAUCCAGGCUGUGAAGGUUCAGUCGUUCCAGAUGAAAAGAUGUCUGGACAAGAACAAAUUGAUGGAUGCUCUAAAACAUGCCUCAAACAUGCUUGGUGAGCUGCGCACCUCCAUGCUCUCUCCAAAGAGCUACUACGAGCUCUACAUGGCUAUUUCAGAUGAGCUGCAUUAUCUGGAGGUGUAUCUGACAGAUGAAUUUUCUAAAGGAAGAAAAGUGUCUGAUCUGUAUGAGCUGGUACAAUAUGCCGGAAACAUCAUCCCCAGGCUUUAUCUGCUCAUCACAGUUGGAGUGGUCUACGUCAAGUCAUUCUCCCAGUCCAGAAAAGACAUCCUGAAAGACAUGGUGGAGAUGUGUCGCGGAGUGCAGCAUCCUCUGAGAGGACUCUUUCUCCGAAAUUACCUGUUACAAUGCACUAGGAACAUUCUGCCGGAUGAAGGAGAGCAGACACACGAGGACAUUACCGGUGAUAUCAGCGACUCUAUGGAUUUUGUGCUGCUGAAUUUUGCCGAGAUGAACAAGCUUUGGGUCCGAAUGCAACACCAAGGACACAGUCGGGACAAAGAGAAAAGAGAGCGCGAGAGACAGGAGCUCCGCAUCUUAGUGGGAACGAACUUAGUCCGACUGAGCCAGCUGGAAGGCGUAAACGUGGAGAGAUACAAACAGAUUGUGUUGCCUGGGAUAUUGGAACAAGUUGUUAACUGCAGGGAUGCCUUGGCUCAGGAAUACCUCAUGGAAUGCAUAAUCCAGGUUUUUCCUGAUGAAUUCCAUCUUCAGACCCUAAACCCUUUCCUCAGAGCCUGUGCUGAACUGCAUCAAAAUGUCAAUGUGAAAAAUAUAAUCAUUGCUUUAAUCGACAGACUUGCUCUGUUCGCACAUCGGGAAGAUGGACCUGGAAUCCCAGCAGAUAUCAAGCUGUUUGACAUCUUCUCUCAGCAGGUGGCCUCCGUCAUACAGUCCAGACAGGACAUGCCUUCGGAGGAUGUAGUUUCUUUGCAAGUUUCUCUCAUUAACCUUGCGAUGAAGUGCUAUCCCGACCGCGUGGAUUAUGUUGAUAAAGUGCUUGAGACAACAGUGGAAAUCUUUAACAAGCUCAACCUUGAACACAUUGCCACAAGCAGCGCAGUUUCCAAGGAGCUGACCAGACUUCUGAAAAUCCCCGUCGAUACUUAUAACAAUAUCCUGACGGUCCUGAAGCUAAAGCAUUUCCACCCUCUCUUUGAGUACUUUGAUUAUGAGUCGCGGAAGAGUAUGAGCUGUUACGUAUUGAGCAGCGCGCUGGAUUAUAAUACAGAAGUCGGCACCCAGGAGCAGGUGGACGCCAUCAUGAAUCUCGUAUCAACACUGAUACAAGACCAGCCUGACCAGCCGGCGGAGGACCCGGAUCCUGAAGAUUUUGCGGAUGAACAGAGUCUAGUUGGACGAUUUAUCCACCUCUUGCGUUCAGAUGACCCAGAUCAACAGUAUUUGAUUCUCAACACAUCUCGGAAACACUUUGGUGCGGGAGGAAACCAGAGAAUUCGCUACACGCUACCGCCGCUGGUGUUCGCAGCUUAUAAACUCGCUUUCCGAUAUAAAGAAAAUGCCAAAGUAGAUGAUAAAUGGGAGAAGAAAUGUCAGAAGAUCUUCUCCUUUGCACAUCAGACGAUCAGUGCAUUAAUUAAAGCCGAACUGGCUGAGUUGCCCCUCAGGCUAUUCCUCCAAGGAGCCUUGGCAGCUGGUGAAAUUGGAUUUGAAAACCACGAGACUGUGGCCUAUGAAUUCAUGUCUCAGGCGUUUUCGCUGUAUGAAGAUGAAAUCAGUGAUUCGAAAGCCCAGUUAGCAGCCAUCACACUGAUUAUCGGGACCUUUGAGAAGAUGAAGUGUUUCAGUGAGGAGAACCAUGAGCCUCUUAGGACACAGAGUGCUCUGGCAGCUUCCAAGCUCUUGAAGAAACCCGACCAGUGCCGAGCAGUGAGCACCUCGGCUCACCUCUUCUGGUCAGGGCGCAACACGGACAAGAAUGGAGAGGAGAUUCACAGUGGAAAGCGAGUGAUGGAGUGUUUGAAAAAAGCUCUGAAGAUAGCAAAUCAGUGCAUGGAUCCCUCUCUACAAGUCCAGCUCUACAUCGAAAUUCUCAACAGAUACAUCUACUUCUAUGAGAAGGAAAAUGAUGCGGUCACUGUCCAGAUUCUAAACCAAGUUAUCCAGAAGAUUAGAGAUGACCUUCCCAGCCUAGAGGCCAGUGAAGAAACUGAACAAAUUAACAAACACUUUCACAACACGCUUGAGCAUUUACGUCUGAGAAGAGAAGCUCCAGAGGCAGAAGGACCCAUGUAUGAGGGUCUCGUUCUUUAAGGAAGAUCCUUCAUAUUCUUCGUUACAUACCCUACUUAAUACUCUUUU